ACCACUAACAUGAUACCACUAGCGCCAUCUUGUGCUGAGUAGCGGAACUUCACCUUAGAACGCACAUCGCGAAUAUAAAGACACCGAGAGAUGGCGCUGACGACUAGAUAGAUGCCGCUAACGACUGUGCAACACAGAAACUAUAAAUAGGGACGGCGAUUUUGUUCGUCAUUCGAUCUUCAGCGGAUCUCUAGUGUAGACGGUUUCCCGGCUCUCUAGUUUAGAUCACUACUGAGUGUUGCGUACGGUUCCCGAACCUUCACUUAGUACCCAGUGUAUCUAGUUGUACCGUUGAUUUAAAUAAAGUUACGAACUUGCUAUCCGGUUAGUUUUACUACUCGCCCUACGCCCGAGCCCCGGUUACAUUCUGGCGUACCAACGUUCGGCCAAGUACAUCAAAACUGGCGGAUUCCGGGAACGAACCUUCGAUCACUCCCAAAUCAAGACCUUCGCUGCGAGUGGGGCUGAGACCACGAAAACUACACGGACCUUCAAGCAAGAAGAAGAAGAUGACUCAGAACAUAUCCAUGUCCACGGAGCAGUUACAGCAACUAGUGACGUCACUUACGUCGGCGGCACUUCAAGCAGCAGCCGGUGGAGCAAGGAAUACCACGGCCUCGUUUGCGAACGUGUCGUUCUCUUAUGAUGGCACUAGAGAGUCAAUGCGUCUUGAAGAGUUCCUGUCAGCUGCUUCAGUCUAUAAGAAAGUUAAUGAUAUGUCAGACGAAGCCGCCAUCAUGAGUCUCCCUCUUGUAUUAAAAGGGGAAGCUUCAACAUGGUGGCAAGGCGUCAAAGAAGGCAUUAGCCGUUGGACUGAUUUUGAGUCAAGACUACGACACGCUUUUGCACCCAAAAUAUCAGGCGUACAAAUAUUCCAAGAAGUAUUCUCACGCAGGCAACCGUCAGACAUGCUAUCCGAAACGUUUAUUGCGAAGAACAGAGCUCUGUUGACCCAACUACGCUCACCGGGUUUGACAGAAGAACUACAAAUAGACGCGAUUCACGGACAGCUGAAUAUUAACAUACGCGAAAGGAUACCCCGCGACUCCGUGACAACUUUCGACCAAUUACUAACGGCGGCUAGGAAUGUGGAACAGGUGCUACGGGAGAGGGCGUCAACAACGCUGUCUACGACCCCAGGCUCGAAGCAACCUUCCCAAGCUAGCAAGAAGCAGCGGUGUGACUUCUGUCGUGCCACGGGCCAUACCGUUGAAGAAUGUCGAAAGAGGAUGAAGCAAAUGGGUGGUCAACCUGGGCAAGGC